AUACAUAGAAUAAUUUAAAGCCUAGAUGACUAUGAGUUGGAUAUUAUUUUAUGUAUACCUCGGGUGCAGUUCUCUUUAAACAAAAAGAAAGCCAUUUAUUUUAGUGUUUGCAAGUGUUUAUUCAAUUGUAAUAAGUUUUUUUAACAAUGCUACCUUUGAAGCUGUCUUGGAUGCUCUUGUUGCAAGUGGUCAUAACACGAGGUUUCAGCACAUAUUUCUAUCUAGGACCAUCCAUUUUGAAUUAUUAUGAUUCAUUGGAUUACUGUACGAACAUUGGAAUGAAACUGGUAAAAAUUAACAACGACCAAAUGAACAAUAUGGCAGCGCAAUUCAUCACGAGUGAGAGCAUAGUCGAUGAUGUGUGGAUGUCUGUAUAUUGUCCGCCAAACCAACUUUGUCAUUGGGAUGAUGGCAAUACGUUGGACUAUGACUCAUGGGCAGCUACUGAACCAAAAUUUGAAUUUGGAAAAUUUAGCCAGACCUAUGCUUAUGUAUUGUGGACGACUGGCGCCUACACGGAACUUAACCGCCCUCUAUGUUAUGCACCUCCUCAUCCAGACGUGACAUUUAUCCAUGGAGAUUAUAACUAUUAUGAAGCCUCGCAAGAAUGUAUUAACUUAGGUGGACAAUUAGCUGUGUUUUCUAAUCCAGUAGCCGUUACGUAUUUAAAAGAGUUCAUAACUUAUGAAACUCUGACUGGUGACAUAUGGAUAGGCCUAUAUGGUAACGGAGCAUAUUUAACCUGGCAAAACAUGGUCGAAAGUGUGGUUUAUACGGACUGGAAACCAGGCCACAAUGUUCCCAAUCAGGAUGCAAACGUCUCUAUAGCGGUGGACAUGAUCGAUGGUACAUGGGUGUCAAAAACUAAAUCUACCAGACUGCCUCACGCAUUAUGUCAAUAUAAUUAUUUGGCGAUGAGUUACUCCGUUGAUUAUCAAACUGCUAAACAGGAUUGUGAAAUGAAUGCUUUGGACCUUGCCAUGCUACCCACAAAUGAAAUGUUUACAGUUGCAAAGAAUGCUAUUGUCUACCAGGGAAUGGACAAUAAUAACGAUUUUUGGAUUGGACUGACAUCAGCAGAUGGAAUUUCAUUCAAAUGGAAUGAUGGAACAGAUCUUACGGAAACAGCAUGGAUUUAUGGAGUACCUACGUCAUUUGCUAUAAACCAACGUGUUAAACUUGUUUACACUAAAAGUUUUGAUUGGGAUAAUAGAGCAGCGACGGAAACCAGUCUAUUUCUUUGUCAAUAUCCAACGGCGAACUAUUAUCCAAUAUCCCAAGAUAUAGUUGAAGGUUUAACAACAGGAGUAAACACACCGGCGGGAAAUAUUGGUCAAUGGCAUGUUGGUGGUACAAACAGUUCAAGGUAUUUUCAUAUUGACAAGACAGAUGCCAUCCCAACGUCUCUUCCUUAUUUAACCGAGUAUUCCAAAACAAAGAUUUACUGUGCCUACUUAUGUCUACGUCAUGGAACCGAUUGUACAGCAUUUGUCUUUAAAACUGAACAGUGCCUAGUUUUCAAUGGAUACAGCUCCAUCAACACCACACCAGAUAUUGGAAGUGUUAUCUGGGUGUGGGUGUAAGAAAAUUCGUCGCAGUACGACAUCAUGAAUUGAGACAAACUGCUGAUUUUAGAUUUU